GAAAAAACAAGCACGUGGUGUCAACUUCAGUGUUGAGGAAGAUAAGCUGCUUGUAGCAGCAUGGCUCAAUACCAGUGUUGAUCCUGUGUAUGGUAAUGAGCAACAUAAAACAACAUUUUAUGGUAAAGUUGCCAAAUACUUUAUGGACCAAAAGACUGAUUCUACACGUAGUGUUGCAUCCCUAACAACCCGAUGGGGAACAAUUAAUAGGGAAACAGUUAAAUUUGUUGGGUCCUUAGCUAAAAUUGAAGCAAAGAAUGAAAGUGGAACCACGGCUCAUGACAAGAUUGAGAAAGCAAAGGAAUUGUUUAAAGAAAUUCACGGUUCCGUUUUUCAAUUUGAACAUUGUUGGCUAAUCUUGAAGGAUUAUCCAAAGUGGGCAUCUACUAUGCCUAGGGGAGAUUCAAGAAAAGAAAUGCCUCAAACUCCAGAUUUAAUAGAUCAAGGAGUGGGGGUUGAUGGCAUUAUGGAUUUCGAGAGGCCAAUAGGUAGAAAAGCUGAAAAGGCUAAUUGAAAAAGAAAAGAUGAUGGGAAAGAUAUUGCAACGCAAUAUUUGAAAAAGAAAAUGAAAGUUCUUGAAGAAGGUUGUGUAGCCGAAAAAGAG